AUACGCGAGCGAGAGAGAGAAAACAAGAGACGAUCCGACGCCGACUUUCGAGCCACUGACGAAAUCAUCAUCGUUGAGAGAGACAGAGUUGCAGGACGUCGCCGCCACCAUUGGUCGCCUGGAGCACCACCAUCGUCAUGACGGGGAGCAGCGAGCUCAGCUGACAGUAAGGGAGCUGCCAGUCGAUUUCACCUCCUGAAUUCGCUCGUCGUCGUCGGCAUCGUCCCCAGUGAGAAAGACUGCCCAUACAAUUCUCGAUUGUUGUCGAGCAGUAUCAGCAGCAGUAUCAGCAUCAACAGCAGCAAAAGUAAAAAAAGCCCCCCAAACUAGAGACGCGCAGAGGGUAAUGUGGCGAUGUCGUCAACGGCGACCCAAGACAAGCUCUACACCUACUGGCUGGAAUUCAUCGGGGCCGAGCUUUUGUCCAAGGAGAAAUCCAACUGGUUGGACGCGUUCCUCGCCGAGCUCAUAUCCAGAGUCGCCGAAGGACAAGACCUCAGCGUUCAUCUCACCUUCUGCUCGUCCGGCGAGGGGACCGUGGCCACUCUGGUAUGCUGCGAGCUCCUGUCCGACGUUCACGCUCUCUGCCAACAAAAAGCCGAUCAGCGACAGAAUGACCCUGAAAAGGAGCAGCAGCACAGCAGCGAGCUCGACGCCUUGAGAGAUUACAUCGCUCGCGAUCGCGGCUGGAGAUGUCUCGCCGCGCUGCUGCUCAUGGACCUGCGCCAGUUGUCCUGCGCCAAGGAACUGGUCGGUCUGCUUUUGGCCUUUUAUCCGUUGCUGGGACAGCUCGAGGCCAAGGAUCGUGGCAAGAAUCCCUAUGUCAAGCUCAACAAGCUCGCCAGCGCGAAUUAUCAGAGAAAUCGGGACGAUCGGCUGGACGAGGAAGAGAUCGGUAAUGGAAUAAACGAGCAAGGAACAACGAUCGGCACGAAUAAUUAUGACGAGGCCGGUCAACAGCAGCAACAAUCGGCCAUCCAGAGGAGACGCCGACGGCGCCAAAAGCCCGAUCACGGUAAACGACAUUCGCUGGACGAGGAAAGAAUCGAGGCGGCGCAAACGGCGCAGCGACGCAACAACGUCAGCUCGGCGCGCCGCAGAAGAUCGACCAUCCACGAGGUGGUGGCGGCUCAGGGCUCGUCCAGCGACGAGGCUGGAAGCGGCGACGGUCGGGUGCCGAGCCCCACCCUGUCCUCCCUACUGCCCAACGCCGUCCAAAACAUGAACAUCGACGACUACGACAAUCCGAUCAACGGCAUGAUGAUAGGCCAGGACGAGCCGCUGGAGUCGCCGAAGCUCGAGGAGCUGCUGGACGAGCGAGCUCGCGCGGUCCUCGAGGCCCCGGGCCUGGGCCGUUACGAGGCCAGUCUGCUGACCCUGCAGCUGUUGCUCGCCCUGCAAGACCAGCGCCCGGGUGGCGCCGAGGCCCAGAAGGUCGUCGGUUUCGCCCUCGACGCGCUCUGGACGCUCCAGUACUCGAACGCCAACAACGCGACCACUAAAAACAACGACAACGACGACAACGACGAGAACUCGGAAGGUUUCACGAGGCUGGAGAACGCCUCGCUGCGCGCCUGCACCGCGAGAUUGCUGCUGCGCGCCCUGGAGCGAGCCCUCGAGUCGCCCGAGACCCCGGGUCGACUGGUGGUCCAUCGCGGACUGCUGCCCAUGAGCCUGAGACUGCUGGAGGACGUCUGCGCGAGGCCCGUCAAGGACGCCUCGGCCGAGGAGGCCGUACUGCUGCAGGAGGGCGUGUUCGCCACGCUGCAUGCGGUCGUGGCCCUGCUGCAGGGCCUGGUGCGCGCCGGCGGCUCCCGGGACUUCCCCGAGCUCUUCAGACUCACCGCCGAGUCGCAGAAUCCCGACAGACGCAUCAUCGAGCGGGCCGUGCUCGCCGGUCUGGAGCUGGCUCCGCAGAGGGGCUUGGCGCGGGCCUGUCGCUUCGCCGAGGCGCUGGGCAACCUCGUCACGGCCAUGAAACGAGCCCGCAAACGCUCCUCGCCCACUGGUACCGGUAACGGCAGGCCCAGUCGUCGAAGUGCUGGAGCCGCCGUGACGCAGUCCUCCUCGCGCUAUCAGCCCGGACUCGCCCACUGCACCGAGUACUCCAACGGCGGUGGCUCGUGCUGCGUCGCCUCGAUCUUCGGCGCCCUGGCCGAUCUGCUCCGUCGCAGCGUGCGCUUCGGCCACGAGCUACAGAUCCGCGUGCUCGAGGUGAUGAAUCGCUGCGGGGCCUGCUGCUGUCUGGCCUCGAGGCCCCUGCUCGACAACGUCGUCAGUUUCUUGGAGCGCACCAGCUCCACGACCCAGUGGACCUACGACCUGGCUCUGGACCUGCUCGAGCAGACGCUGUUCCACGAGCUGGGCGGGUCGACGAUGCGCGAGGGCAGCUGCGAGUGCUACAGCGAGCCCCGGCUCUGGGACUGCCUGGAGCUGUACACGAGACUGCUGAAACCGGCCAAUCCCAAACUCUGCCACUGCGCCGUGCGCCAUCUGCUGAAACAGGUGCCCCAGGGUACCAUCACGGUGAGGCGCGAGCUGCUGUUCCGGGUCUUCUAUCCGAGCUUCCUCGAGGCGAAAAAGUCAUCGACGGUGAUCGGCGACUCGUCCAGCAGCGCACCCGCCUCCAAGUUUCUCAUUCAAUCCUGCCUGUCGGCCAUGGCCAGUCUGCUUAACGAUCCGAAGAAGGAGUAUCCCUGCGACGUGUACAUACGCUUCGUCAAGCUCGACGGUCUCAAGCAGGCCCUGGAUCUGCUACCCACUCAGAGCUUCGUAAAAGGAGUCUACGCGCUUCUCGAGGUAGCCUGCAUCAUGGAGAUCGAGUACGUGGAGCAGCAGGUCUGGGACACGCCACCUCCGAGGACGGCCACCCGUGCUCUCUUCGACGCCCUGGAACGCGAGACCAGAUGUCUGUGCGAGACGACGAUCGGUCCCGCCAACGAAAGCAGCGAACCGAGCGGUGGUAGCGAAAACUCGAGCAACAUCAACAAACAGAAGCUGUCGUAUCAUCACGCGAGCGCCGCUUGGAGAGCAGCAGCGGGGGUCGCCUCGUGCUCGCCCCGUUUCCAGGCCGAGUUCCAGGCCGAGGAGUCGAUAGUCAUGAACGCCUACAUACUCGCCGAAAAGAUCGCCGUGGCGAUCGCCACGGAUCGAUUCGAAGACGGGACGAAAUUUGCGCUCAGAGUUCUCGAGGCCAUUGUCACGGUCUUCGUGGUCAGCAGCUUGACGAACGACGAGCCCAACAUGAUAUCGGUACUGAGUCAAGCCCUGAUGAACGACGAGGUGAAACUCGGCCGUGGCAUUGGUACGCUCGUCGAGCUCCUACUGCAAGUUUCCAUGCUCAGCCCGAAUCCGGACGUCGACGCAGUUUCGCAGCAGACUCGGCACAGACACUUGUCGGCGAUGGACAUCUCGAUGGAUUGGGCCGACGGCGAGGACAGCAGCGCCGGCGAGUAUCUGACCGCCGACGACGGCUACGACGCCGACGUUGAGGUACCCGUGAAAACCGACUACGAGCUCUCGGCCAAGAAGCAGAACAGAUUCGGCCGGGCGUCGGACUCGGUACGAGGCAGUGUGAACGCCGAUCCGGCCGUUUGCUCGCUGGCCAUCGAUCUUCUCAUUUAUUACGCCAAUAAGGAAUUGAACGAGGACCGCGCGGAGACCAUCACCAACGGCCUGAAGAAACUGGCGAUCGUGUGCAAGGAGAGCCCCAAGACUUGCGCCACUCUGUCGGGCCAAGGCAACAUCACGAAACUCUUCGAGGGUUUCGAGCACGUGCUGAAAUCCAACGAUUCGGAUCUGACCGAGCUGCAGCACGCCGUCCUCGAGAUCUUCACGUCGCUCGCCAUGCAACUGAUCAGCCCCACCGAGCUCGUCUCGUUUCUCGCCUUCUUCAAGAAUUACUCGCCGCCCCUCACGGCUCUGCUCAUGUCGCUGCAUCGCCUCGUUCUCGCGGCCGAACCGCAGCCAAAUUUUAUACUCCAGUUCCCGGCGCCAAUCAAUAAUCAUCAGCUGACCACUACCACCGGCCCCAACGGAAUCAGCUUGAACAGACAGAGCAGCAACGAGGACGUGAACAAGAGCAUGGAGCGCGCCGAGACGCUGGUCAACACGUUUCGCAAGAAGCACCUGGCGGCGGACAUCUGCACGCCUUGGUCGGUGCACGCCAUCUGCCUGCCCAUCGGCCAGGAGUCCUCGUGGUCGGUCUGGUGUCAGGGCUGCUCGGCCUCGCUCUGGCUGCGCGUCGAAAGAGGCGCGUCCGCCUUGGCCUCCACCAGUAGUAGCAAUAAUAACAGCGGCGGCAAAGGACUGCACAUAAUGAGCGACGUCAGUCCUCUGCUCGACUCCGACAGCGACAGUCUGUCCGAUUGGGGUUUGCUGUCGGACAACUGGAGCCGCGACGUCGCCUUCGGCUGCCCCACCAUCAGCGUGCUCCAUCUGCUCAGCAUCGGUUUCGAGUCGCUCGUCCUCGAGAGCUGGCUGGAUCUCAAGUCCGACACGCUGAUCCUGCGACUCACUCGGCCCGACGACAAGACCAAUCGCACCAUAUCCGAGAUCUCCAUCAACGGUGUGCUGCCCGCGGGCAACUGGCACCAUCUCGCCAUGAACGUCAAGGACACGGUGCUGAACAAGCACAGCGCCGUGGUCGAGGUCGUGCUCUGGAUCGACGGCUGGAAGGAGAUCACCGCCCAGCUGCCCUUCGACGGCCUCCUCAUACGCAAACCCGGCACCACGUGCAUACUCGUCGGCCAGAUGGGCCCGAGCGCGGUAGGUGCCUGGUACAUGAGCAAUCUCAUGAUAUUCCGCGCGCCCGUCUUCAACAGCGAUCGAGCACUGGCGCUGGCGAGUUUGGGCCCCAAUUACACCAACAUGGCCGACUGCAUGCUGAGCAAUCACAAGCCGGAUUUCGCCUCGAUCAUCUGCUCGGGUGCCCUGCACGGCAUUCAAAAGCCUCAUAAAAACGGUUCGCCCGAAUGGAACAAGAGCAAAAUGUCCAACGGUGGAGGAGUGACGCAGCGCAACGACAUCGAGGUGAAGGUCUCUUGCGCGAAAAUCGACUGGGAGUCAGUCAUGGACUCUACCAAUACUCACCUGGCCGAGCUUCAGGACAAUCUGCUUGUUUGCUACGAAGCUCAGACUCCGGGCAUCAUGCAUCUCUACCCGCAGGGCGUGACGAACGUCAAUUUGAUGAAGAAUCUGUUCCCCGGCCAGCCGGGCUUCAAAGUGUUGUCGCUGCCGGAGCACAGAGUGUCCCAGCAGCCGCCCCUGUCGAUAGCGCCAAUACUCGCCUCGCCCCUGCAGAGUCAGAGCUACAAGGGCCUCGUGUCGGCCGCGAGUCUGAUCGGCGGCAUGCCGAUAUUCCUGUAUCUGUUCGCCCGCGUGGUCGAGCUCAACUCGACCGAGGAGGAGCAGGCGCUCGCGCUGUCGGUGGUGCUGAAUCUCGCACGCAGCGACUCCGAGAUGCUAAGUCAGUACCGAUCCGAGGGCGGCCCGAGUCUGCUGCUGCGCGUUCUCGAAUCCUCGCGCUGCUACGCCAGUAAAUACAUGCUCAAGGCCGUCAUGGACGCGGUCUGCGACUGCCCGAUCAUCGUCAAAGACACCGCGACGAACAAUCAUCUGGUCUCGCAGAACAGCGAGUCCGUCAUAACCGAUCCGGAACUGCUGAAAUGCGCCCUCGAGGCUUGGCGCACUUGGGCCACCUACGACUCGCUCAAUCUGCUUCUUCAAGCUCUUUUGCACCUACUCAAAGACCAGCACUCGCAGCGCGAGUUCAACGCCUCGCAGAUGAAUCGCAUACGCAUCGUCGAGACUCUGCUAAGCAUGUGCAAGGAGUACUUCCUGUACGACGACGCCUGCGACGCCCUGGACGCCACCACGGGCUCGGCGGUGGUCGAGCUCGUUCGCUCGCUGAUGGGAGCGCCGCCCGAGUUCGCACACCUCGUGCAGAUCACGGAUUUCCUGGUACUGGCGCAUCAGGCCUCGGAGACCUACGUGACGCACUCGCGACACAACAUGUACUUCUUGCUGCCGCCCCUGCCGCCCCAGGAGGCCAGUCACAAGUCCACCAAUCGACUGAGCUCGCUGGCGCUGAACAGCGUGUCGCAGGAGUCGCUCGGUCUCGUCGAGAACAUCAAGCUCACCAAGGCCCUGACCAACGUGGAGAUACAGCGCGGCAGUCGACUGAAAAACGGCAAAGCCACCGAGGCCAAGGAGGACGGCGAGACGUCGUCCCAGGGUCAAGACACGAGCGCCGGCGAGGACUCGGGUAUCGCGGCCAGCGAGGGCUCCAACAAGAAGUCGCCCCAGCAGGGGGCCACCAAUCAAGACACGCCUCAACUGGCCGCCUCGGCGGCGGCGAGCAGCGGCGAGAGCACCGCCAGCGAGCGUCACUCAGCCAGUCGUAGAGCCUGCCAGGGCGUGGUGUGCGAGGGCCUGCUGCUGCUUCUACGCGACGCCCUGCGGGUUCUGCCCGACAGCCAGGUGAGCCCGGUGAUGCGCCACGUGCUGCGCGCCGAGCUGCUGCUGGUGCUGGCCAACGACCCGGACGCCCGGGUGCGCACCGCCCUGGUCAAGCUCGUCCAGGUCUAUCUGCAGCGCGCCGGCGACGAGCAGCUCAACAAGUUCAUCAAGCAACGCUACUUCGUGCAUCUGGCCAAUCAGGUGGCACUGUAUCCGGGCAGCGAGCCCCUCGUGGUCACCCUGGAGAAUCUGGCUCUGAAGGGACCGAGUCUCGCCGCGGUACCGCCGGUACUUGCGAUGAUACCGCGCGCCGCGGCGAGCGACAUGAACGUCGCCAGGCCCCUGGUCACCUUCGUCACCGAUCUCAUCACCAAGAAUCCCAACUCGCUGCGCACCCUGCUCGAGCAAGGCCUCAUGGAGACCCUCGGUCGCGGCAUCGUCAACGCCGCCCACAGCGGCUUCUCCGUCUCCCUGUUCCGGGACAUGCACGUGCUGCUGGUAUCGAUAGCCGGCCGCCUCCUCGACUCGCCGGGAAGCCAACACAUGCAGGCCGUCGCCGAGCUCCAUCAGAUCCUGAAUCAACUGGAGCUGGGCGAGCGAUCGAGAUGCGAGCCCGCCGCGCUGUGCGUGGCGAUGCUGCGCGACGCCCAGGUGGCGCUGUUCGACGGCGAGCUCGACGUUCUCGCCGCCAAGGUGUCGAAUCAGUCGGGCUUCCGGCUGAAGAGCGCCGCCUCGUAUCUGGCCUCGUCCUCGACCAAUUUGGGCAGCAGCGGCAACGGCCACGGCCCCAUGGCCGGCAACAAUUUCACGGCCUCGAGCGAGUUGAGCGAUCAUCCGGUCUCGCGUUCCUCGAGCUACGCGAGCCUCUACGGAGCCGCCGUGGCCGCGAGCAACAACAAGGAGCCCGGCAAGGGAGAGAUCAACGAGCGUUUCAGGAUCUGCUUGAACAGAGCCGUGGACUUUUUAACGGCAGCCGACGAGGGUCCAUCCGCCAGCGAGCUUCAACUGAGCAAACGACUCUUCGCCAUAUUACUCCACGGCGUAGCGAAUCCACUGGGCAAAAAGACCUACUGGCUCAAUGCCUGGUCGGUCAAACCCGCCUUGCGCAAAAACACAGCCCGCAUCAUGGUCUGGCUCAUGAGUCCCCAUCAGAACAUGGCCAGUCGCGUGUACGCAGUCAGAGCUCUCAUGGACGAGCCCAAGGCCCGCGAGAUACUGCGCAGUCUGAUCGAGGUGGGUCCGCAGAUCGAGCACAAGUUCAGCGUGUUCCUGUGGGAUCUGCUGCAGCGAGCCGACGAGAUGCCCAGCGCCGACGCGCGAAUCUGCGAGGAGCUGAGCGAGGCUGUGAAGGUCUGGGAGUUGGCCAAGAGCUUCUCGCCCUUGGAUCAAAACAACAUCGAGGCCUGGAGCGAGGAGUUGAGCUUGAUCAGACGAGAGUUGGUGAAGGAUCGCGAGAUCUGGGUCGAUGCUCAGUUACCGGCUAUUCAACGGCUCACUAACCGCUUCGAGUCGCUAGCCAAGCAGCUCACCGAGAGCGCCAUGUCCAUAACGCGGCUCGUCGUCGAGGAGCAGAAUCGCGAGCGCAAAGUGAUGAUGGAGCGUCUGAAGCAGGCGCGCUCGGCCGAGGCCCAGGGCAUGGCCAAGUGGCGCGACCUCGCGCGUCGCCUCACCCACGAGCGCGGCCCCUGGCACUUCCCCGAGUCCUACCCCUGCAGCUGGGAGCUCGACCCCACGGAGGGGCCAGCGCGAGUGCGCAUCCGCCUCCAGCGCUGCCACCUGAACAUCGAUCGUCGAUUCUUCCUGCCCGAGCAGGAGGACAAGGUGGAGCGGGCCAAGGUCGAGGCGCCGCUCUCCUAUCUGUUCACCAGCGUCAAGCAGGACGCCAACGCCACGGCCCUCAUCGAGCGUCUGCACACGAGCGAGCGCAUCAGGCGCAUGUCGCAGGUCCGAGUGGUGACGCCGCAGGCCGAGCUGCCCGGCGAGGCGCUCAUCGGCGAGACCUGCUUCUACUUCGUGCCGGACAAUCCGGACGUGCCGCUGCACACGGACAUCGCCCUGGGCGGCCUCGAUCUCGCCAUGGUCGGCGGCAUGGCUUGGCGCCUCGAGGACAUACGCGAGCUGCACCGGCGACGCUACCAGCUGCAGGAGCGCGCCAUCGAGAUAUUCCUCAUCACGGGCCGCACCUAUCUGCUGGCCUUCGACUCGUCCAAGGAGCGAGACGACUUCGCCGCGGAGCUGUCGGCCUGCGAGCUGCCCAGGCGGAUCCCCGGCGACGAUCUCGGCGAGGCUCUGACGCUCUGGCGCAGCGGAGCUCUCACCAACUGGGAGUACAUCACCUGCCUGAACAAACUCGCCGGCCGAUCGUACAACGAUCUCAUGCAAUAUCCCGUCUUUCCCUUCGUCCUGGCCGAGUACACGGCCGACAAGAUCAAUCUCGACGAUCCGAGUAUAUACAGGAAUUUCAAGCGCCCGAUGGCCGUUCAAGAUAAGAAAAACGAGCAGCAUUACAUCAACAACUACAACUACUUGAAGCAGGCGCUGUCGGAAGGCUUAAACUUGAUCGCGCUGAAUCAGGAGCCGUUCCAUUACGGCUCGCACUACAGCAAUUCGGGCACGGUGCUGCAUUUUCUCGUGCGUUUGCCACCGUUUACCAGCAUGUUUCUCACUUACCAAGAUGACAAUUUUGACAUUCCCGAUCGGACGUUUCACGCGCUGGCGACGACGUGGCGCCUGACGAGCUGCGACUCGACCACCGACGUCAAGGAGCUCAUACCCGAGUUCUUCUAUCUGCCCGAGUUUCUACUGAAUUUCGAGGGCUUCAAUUUCGGGGUGAGGCAGAACGGCAACAGGGUCGGUGACGUCGAGCUGCCCAAAUGGUGCGGAGGAGACGCUCGGCUGUUCGUACUGGCUCAUCGAGCGGCCCUGGAGUCGGAGAUCGUUCGAGAGGUUCUUCCGUUCUGGAUCGACCUGGUCUUCGGUUUCAGGCAGACCGGAAGACCCGCGGUCGAGGCCAUCAAUGUCUUUCAUCCAGCGACCUACUAUGGUUUCAACGUCGAGCAAAUAGCCGAUCCACUGGAGCGCCAAGCCUGGGAGACAAUGAUCAAAACUUACGGCCAGACACCUGCCCAACUGUUCAGAGCGUCGCAUCCGCUGCCCAUAACGAGUCUCGGCAGCGCCAAUCCCAGCAACAUACCGCCCGUCAUCGAGGGCGUCGAGGGCAUCCGCUGGGGCACGUACGUCGGCGCGCCGGGCAACGAUCCGGUCAUGUGCUGGAAGCACAAGCACCGAGUGCUGCUCGCUUCGCUCGUGCCACUGAUAACCGGUGACGUUUUUGGACUGCCCGUCUUUACCACCCUGAUUCUGGCCUACUCCAAGGACAAGGGCACGAGUAUGCUGAACAACACGUCGGUGAUGGGUGCGGCGCUGAUAUCGUGGAACAGUACCGACGGUAUAGCUCGGCUGAAGACGAAGAAGGAGCAACCACCGAAACCUCUCAUAAAGGCCGUUGGGCUAGACUCGAUAACGCUGAUGAAAUCGUCGCCGGACUGCGAGCAAUUGUGGAUCGGCUACGCUUCCGGCCGAAUACUGGUCUACGCCUGCACGGUGAGCAACUCGGGCAAGAUAGACUUUAACGGCUCGGCGCCGUCGGUGCUCCUAGGGCAUAGAAAUCAAGUUACCGCCAUCGACCUGUCGAGGGCAUUUAGCGUCGCCGUGUCCGGAGAUAGUACCGGCGUUUUAGUAUUAUGGGAUUUAAAUAGUUUGACUUACAUUAGAUCGGUUACCUGUGACGGAUGUCAUCCAAUUAGUAUGACUUCGAUCAGCGAAACCCUAGGCGAUAUUGCGGUCGUGUAUCAGAUGUCGAAUUUAGUCUCGGACAGCAGUAGCACCACGACGACGGACAUACGAUCCAGUUUAAAGGUUUACACGAUAAAUACGCGCCUCAUCGGCUCCGUUUCCUCGAGGAGAAAAAUCACAGCCUUGUGCUACAGCAACGCCGUGGAAGGCGUUUCUGUCAAUGUUAUCGCCACUGGAUUGGAUAACGGCAUGAUCAGAUUAUGGAGCAGUUGGGACUUGCGAUUGGUACGCGAGAUCAGCACGGGCGUCAAGGGAACCGGCGGAAUCGUAGCGAUAACCUGGUCGAGCGACCAGAACCACUUGUACGCGGCGACGGAAGACUGCACAGUUUUUAUUUGGGAAGGUGCUAGGAAAUCAGACAGCGGCACUCCUAAAUUCGUUAAUCUUACAACUCUCUAGUAUAAGGAAGAUGAGAAUUUAUCGAAUCAAGGUGUAACUUUAAAUAGUUAAUGACAAAUUUCACGUUUGUAAUUUUUGAUCGUUGAUCCUCUAAGGAUUCGUUGCGGUAGUUAACUUUUCCAUUACAAGAAAAAGAAUUACGAUUAUGUAAAUAUGAACAACAACCCGGUCAUUCAUCGACCAUUUAUAUAGAAUUGAAAUAUUAUAUUAAAUUAGAUAAAAUAUAGACUAUUUCUAAAUGUAUUUAAGAGGGAACAAAGAAUACUCUAAAGUAUUAUUUUCUUUUUUCAACCAUAAAAGUAUGAUAUUGUUUUUAGACUUACUUAGAAAUUCUAUUCAAUUACUAGCUUUGAUGCAUUUUUAACCUGCAUCAAUAUCUCAAAUACAAAAUGAAUCUUUUGUAAUAUUGUACAUGCCCAAAACUUGUAAGAUAAUUUGAUAAAUGUAUUUACAGAUUUAAAGCUUAAUUCACAACUGUGAAUAAUAAUAAAUUAUUCACACUCAA